AGCAUUGGUUUUCAAGAUGUUGAAUAAAUCGGUUAUAGUUCUUCUUUUAGGCAUUAUAUUGUGUCAUAAAAUUAACGCGGAAUCAUGUGAUGAUAUGGAAUUAGAACCUCCACAAAAUUUUGCAUCCUACGUUGAUUACUACUUAUACCUUUCUUGGAUGCCUCCACCGGGAUUUGGAAAUUGUGCAGUUACUUAUUCGCUUCAUAUUCAAAACAUGAACACUUCGGAUUAUUUAACUCCCGUUGUGUAUUUAAAUGGUCUUAAUUACAUUUUUGAUUAUGAUAAAUACGAUAAAAUGUGUGUUCACGUGAGAGCUUACAUAUACGCUCAUUACAAUGGUCAAUCAUCAAGUUUUGCUACGAUUAUGAAUUUCUUAGAUCCGGUCAAUGAACAAGGUCCUCCAGCUUAUCUGUAUCUUAAUAAUACAGAAACAGCUUUAGGGAUUUAUUGGUCAACCCCAAUAGGUUACGAAAAAUGUGACUAUUACUUUACAUAUUGGUUAGCUAUUGGUUUUAAAGAUUCAGGACAUGGCAUGAUUUCUUUCCCACUGACCGGAUAUUAUUAUUCUUAUACUUUUCCAUAUCCAGAAGGGCACCAACUUUACUGUCAAGAAGUAGAUGUUAAAGUUUCCGGUUCUUUUAGAGGAAAACCUGAAACAUCCAUUAUUGCAAGUGCAGUAUUUGGUCCACCGGGAGUUUGCUAACAAAAUCAAUAAAAAGUAGUUCAAUUAAAAAUUGUGUUU